AUGUUUUCACUUAACCACUUCUUGCCUGACUCCUGGUUCUCAAUCACAGAAAACAGGGUGUGUCAAGAUUUGGGGCCACAUGCGCCAAGAGCCGGGACACUCUGGCGUAGAGAGAGCCUAGCCUCCUGGGGCAGAACGGGGUGGUCGGCGAUUGGGACUGUCCCACGAGGGGGCGCGUCUCGGGCUCUAGGACCCGCCCUCGCCGCGCUGGGCGCGGGGAGGAGACCCGGGAACCCCGGAGCCCGGCGCUCCGCCUCCCGUUUCCGGGGCAGCGCAGUUACCUGCACCGCCGGAGCCACACCUGGCGGAGGCAGAAGUCUCGGGGCGCGCGGCGGGGCUCCGGCAGGGGCUGCGGGCGGCGGCGGCGUGGAGCGCAGCGCGCGGCAGCAGGGGCAGGCAGGCGGCGGCUCGGGCCGCUCUCCCUGCUGGCUGGCCGCGGACUCGGGCCGGCUGGGCGCCGCGGCGGGCGCACAUGGCAGCGUGAGAGGCGGGCGGCGCGGGGCUGGGGCCGCAGGGCCGCAUGGACAGAGGCGCCACUCCGGCCGGCCCCCGUUAGGGCCCCCGAUCCGCGGGCGCCACCCCCCGAUCAUGCUGCCUCGGCGGCUGCCUGGACCCAAAGCGGCCAGCCCGAGCCGCUGAGCCCCGUGGCGGCUGCGAGCUGCAUGGGGGAGCGCGGGCCAGGCUC